AUGGAGCUCUUCGCACACCGCCCGUCGACAUCAUCCCACGGUCCAGGUCGAUGCAGCAAGCUGCACCGCACGAGUUUGGAGGACCUCCUGGCAGAACUUGGCGAAGAUCCUGCGCCUGAGCCGGUGCUUCAAGUUCUGGAGCCGGUGCUUCCAAGCUGGGUGGAAAGUCCGAAGAAGGCGACCGUUGUGCUAAGCGCUCUGGCAAAGAAGAAGUUGCCAGGAGCUGCCAUCCAGGUGCUUGCUGCGAUGCAAUCCAGAAAAGCUGAAGUAAAUUCUUUCCACAUCAGUUCGGCCAUCUCUGCGGCAGGGCGAUGCAGAGAUUGGGCCCUGGCACUGUCGCUACUUCAGCGUCCCGAGCUCGCAGCCCACCCUACGGAGAUUGCUUGGAACGCUGCAAUCAGUGCUUGCGAAACAGGAAGCGGCUGGCAGCAAGCCCUGCUGCUUUUGGACCAAAUGCCGCUCGCGAGAGUUCUGCCUGGCAUUGUGAGUUUCAAUGCCACGCUCAACGCUUGCAAGCAGGGCACCGAUUGGCAACUGGCUUUGGGCUUGAUGAGGAGAAUGGCAGUGCAAGAGCUGAAGCCUGACUUGGUUACAUUCGGCACGGCGAUCGCUGCUUGCGGGAGCGACUGGCAAUCAGCCAUUGAAUUACUUUCGCAGAUGCUAGCUUCUGGGAACAAAGCUAGCUCGAUCAUUGUUGCUUCCUUGCGGACUGCACAGAGCAAGAUCAGAAAUGCCGCAAACCACGGUCAUGCGACUUGUGGCGCCUUGAGGCUGCCAAGCUUCCAGCAGAAUCAGCUCGUUUCUGGGAUUCGCUGGCAACGCCAGGUGUCUGGAUGGCUUGUUGCAGUCGAAGUUGGGACUGGCGACUAUGUCAAGAGCUACAAUGCGGCAAUCAGUGCCUGUGAGAAAGCUGGCCGGUGGCAGUUGGCGGCAGGCCUGCUAUUCGAGAUGAGGUCAUCUCUGCUGCUUCCUGACAUUGUGUCUUUCAAUGCCACCAUCUUGUCAUGCAGAGAAGGAUGCGAGUGGCAGCUUGCAGUCCAUCUCAUGAAUGCGCUCUCGGACUUUGACCUGGCCCCGGUGACUCCGACCUUCAACGCGCUUCUGACUGCCUGCGGCGCGCGCUGGCCGCUGGCAUUGGCGAGUCUGCACAACAUGACUGCAGCUGUGGUGGUGCCUGACACCAUAAGCUUUACUGCUGCAAUCGCCGCGCUCGAGAAGGGCGGUGAGUGGCAAGGCGCCCUCCAGCUGUUCGAGUACAUGCUGGAGGCAUCGGCCGAGCCGAGUGCUGUCACCUACAAUGCCAUCAUCAGUGCGUGUGAAGGCGGCCCGUGGCAGCAUGCCCUCCGGUUGUUCGAGAGGAUGUCGUCACAAGACAUCCAGCCCGACGUGAUCAGUCACAAUGCCGUCAUGAGCGUGCUUGGAACAAGUGGCCAGCGCGGCCUUGCACUCUCACUGCUGGCCAGAAUGCAAGCUGAACAGAUCUCGCCUGAUGAUGUCACCUUCGUUCCGGUGGCCCUCGCUUGCAAGCGUGCGGGUGCUUGGCAGGAUGUGAUGGCGCUGUUGCCAAAGAUGCUCCAGUGCCGACUGGUGCCAGAUGCUGUCUAUGCAGGGUGUGCGACCGGUACGGUUCGAGCUGGCAGAGGCGACGACUUUGCUCUCAGCUUCUUGCGCAGCCUGCGCACCCUUUGGGAACUUGAUGCAGCAGACAGCAGCACUGCGGCUGACGGUCCCGAGGUGCUACAGACGGGGUCUGGCAUUGUGGCGGUCCUCAAGCCUGCACAUGUCACCACACAAGGCCUUGUCGAGUCACUGCAGCAGCGUGCCCCCGUUGGCACGGCAUUGUCCAUCGUCUCCAGGCUGGACUAUCCUACCUCAGGUGUCCUGCCACUUGUCGUGGGAGCGGAGGGUUCCCUCCAAACAAAUUGGUUCCGGUCGCUGUUUGCGGCUGGCCUCGUGAGGAAGGAGUAUUACUGCUUAUGUGAAGGACCUUCCUUAGGGCAAGUGGGGAUGUGUGGUGAGGUCGAUGCGCCACUGCUGACAUGGGAGGUUGAAGGAAGCGAGGAUGGAGGAUUGGGGAGCCGAAGCGAGGUUUCGGAGCAUGGCCGUGAAGCCUUCACGCAGUAUGAAGUCACCAAGCGUUUCCGACCUCCCAGACUUCCCCAAUCGCAAGAGGCGACACAGCUAUCCCAGAUAUCGGAAGAAUUUGAAGAUGAGCUGAUCUUCUUGCGUGUAAGACCUCGCACGGGCCGAACCCACCAAAUUCGCGUGCACAUGGCUAGCAUUGGUCGACCGCUUGUAGGCGACUUCACCUAUGGCAAGCGCGCAAAAACGCUGCUGCCUUCAUGUCCUCGUUUGUUCCUACACUGCCAUCGUGUUGAGCUCAUCGAUUUCGAGGACUCCCCUUUUGCGGCCAUUGCAGACCUUCCGGAGGAUCUCCGCAACGCGCUGAAGACGCUAGCCUCAGCUGAAAUACAUUGA